GCGACCUCAACCUUUAUAUCAUAAAUAUGCUUCCUUGUUAUAUAUAAAACCUUUUUAAUGGCUGUGUUUUAAAGUGUCUAUGUGUUUAACUUACACACACACAACGCCAUGUUUGCAUCUAUCCUAGGCAAAAUACCACAAUAUUCUACGAUUUCGUCAAAAUGUUCGUUAAAAGAAUGUCGAAAAGUUAAGAAAGUAGAGAACUCUGAUGAAAUCGGCGAAAUUAUUCAUCGGGACUUUUUAGAUCCGUUUUGUAAUGAGUAUGUAUUAAUUGGUGAGGAAGAGACCUCUUUAGGUAUCAAUUAUUUGCAAUUUGAAGAAGAAAUUAGAACUUUCGAAAUUCGCGAUUCAGAUAUUAUUGUCGCUUCAUAUCCCAAGGCAGGCACUACAUGGACCCAGGAGUUGGUGUGGUUAAUUGGAAAUGAUUUAGACUUUAAAGCGGCAGAAGAACACUUAGACAAACGAUUUCCUCAUUUCGAAUUAUGCACCAUAGUAAAUUUUGCUAAAAUGACCGAAAUGUUAGGAUCUACACGUCCAGAAUACAUAGGUAAUUCAAUUAACUAUUUGAGAGAUUUAGAAGGGACUCGUUUCAUUAAGACACAUUUAACAUAUAACUUAUUACCAGAGCAAAUUCUUAAUGGGAAUAGAAAACCAAAGAUUAUAUAUGUCAUGCGGGAUCCAAAAGACGUAUGCGUGUCUUAUUACCAUCACGGUAGGCUCAUACAAGGGUGGCGUGCCGACUUUCAAAACUUUUCCAAAGUAUUUCUCUCAGAAAAAAUUAUGUUUGGCUCUUAUUGGAAGCACGUAUUAGGAUAUUGGGAACAUCGAGACAAACCUAAUGUGUUAAUACUUACAUAUGAAGAGAUGAAAAAGGAUCUUCUAUCUGUUAUAAGGAAAACUGCCCAAUUUUUAGAUAAGAAAUUGAACGAAAACAAAAUACCGCAACUGUUGAAGCACUUAAGUUUCGAAUCUAUGAAAAACAAUCGAGCCGUUAAUCAGCAAGAUAAAAUUGAAAGUAGAAUGAAACACAAGUUGGUGCCAGAGCAAGGUGCAUUUAUGAGGUCCGGCACUUCUCAAAAUUAUAAAGGGGAAAUGUCUGAAGAAUUGAUUUUAAAAUUUGACGAAUGGACAAAAAAAUCAAUCUCUGGCAGUUCAUUCGUAACCGAGCCCAUAGCAGACUUAUAUCUGAAUACUUCUCAAAAAUCUGUUCCAAAAAUGUAAAUGACAGUUAUUGAUGUUCCCCUUUACAGAUAUUGUACAUUUGUAAUUUUGUACCAUAAAAUUAAAGUAGGUAAUUUCUUAUGCAAAUAAUGGUAAGAAAGUUUAUUCACCCGUCAAAGCAUUAUUGACUUUCCCAUAUCUUUAUAUUGCUUUUAUAUUAUUAAAUAGAGCAAGAGUCUGACGUAAGCCCCUUACUCACCUGUAAGUAGGUACAUAUAAAACUUCUAUGCCCAAACAACACGCCCUUUUGAAUUUGAUUGUCCUCCAGGUAAUACUAUACCUACCUACAAAUACCAGCCACUAGCCUGUGUGACAUCCUACGUCGACAACCAGCAUUAGUCUGGCGAAAUGCAGAAAUUACUAAAUAAUGUACAAAAUAAUUAUGCAUGGACCAGGAAUCGAACCGAGCCGCCCACGUAGCAGCUACAACGAUUACACUAGCGACGACGACGGCUAACAUCUUAAUUGAUAUGGAUUAUCCUCUCACUAAAUUUUCAAAUCAAAAGCUCCAAUUGUGGUAUUCUUUAUACUUUAAUCUUUGUCUAUUCAUUAAUGGCCGUUUGCACCGCCAAAUUUAAGCGGGGCUUAGCUUAAAGUCCAUGGCAACCAUUAUCUCAAUAAUCGUUGCCAUGGAAUUUAAGCUAUGUUUAAGCUAAGGUCCGCUUAAAUUUGUCGGUGCAAACGGCCAUUAAUGAAUAAACAAAUAGCUAUUGCGACAUAUUGUCCUAUCUAGACUUCACUCUGUGGCACGCCAUCAUAGCCAUGUUGAUUUAGCAAGAUCUAGUUACCAUAGAUGUUUUGUUGUGAAAUGAAUGUACUUAAAACUGACUUUGAUUUUAAAAUUUUCUUGUAAAUUUAUGUAAAAGUGUAGAGUGUGACCGUCAUAA